AUGGCGCAGUCAUUGACAUCGAUUCCAGAGGACUUACUCUUCGAUAUAAUGUGCCGUCUUGAUGGCCCUUCUAUUCUGUCAAUGGCGAUGUCCUGUCGAGCGCUCUACCAGAUAUUCCAAUCCGACACUAUCAAGUACAUCUAUGAGCUUGAUAUGAGCUCCAUGCAAGAUGCUGGCUCUGGGAAGCCCGCAGCAGAACUCUUGGACGCUUUGCGGGACCGAGAAAAGGCCUGGGCAGACCUGAAUUGGAGCAGUGUCGAGAUCGUGAAGGCUGACCCUCAUUCGAUGGCCUACGAUCACGUCGCAGGUGCAUUCGCUCAAACGGACGGGCGCAAUAUCUCUGUGCACUGGCUGCCGUCUAUUUCUAAAACAGAAAAUCGUACCACUACACGGUUGGACACUGGCUUUUGGGUCCGCGAUUUCAUGUUGGACGUAGGAGAAGAUCUGGUGGUCUUUUUGCACAAAGAACGAUUACCCGGUGGAACCUUUCAUGGCAGGCUUUAUUGUCGCACCAUAUCGACGAAUGAGCCACACUCUGCCUGCUUGUCAGCAGGCCCCUUGUCUUUCCAAUUUUACUUGGAUGGUGGAAUCAUUCCCCUCACCGAGGAACUUGAGGUGGUGGAGGACGUCCUUUUCUUGACCACGAGCGACAACCGCGGUCCAAGAAUUUUAAUCUGGAACUGGAAGAUGGGUUUCCUGAUCCAUGAUUUUCGGGAUCAAUUACCCCCUCUUAUUCACGAGCUCGACGUUGUGCAACGAGACGUCUUCAUUGUCGCAUCUAGGGCGGAUUCUGGGAAGAUCCUCAUAUAUCAAAUUACCCCUACCAUGGUCUGCAUUCCCGUUCUCAUUGCGACGCUCUCCUUGCCUGGGACGAACGGGCCAUACAUACGCCAUUUCCAGGCGGAGUCGGGACGGUAUCAACACCGUCCCACACCUGGCGCCCUUUUCCUGCCCUCUCCCACCAGCCGCAUGCACGUCUUUGCCAUUGGGUACUCUUCGGGUUUGGAGGGAUUACUCUUCGUCCGAAGCAGCACUUUCUCGCGCUAUGUUCAUUGCCGGAAUGAAGGCCUGGAGGUGGCUUGGAGUGAGUGGGGCGAACAAGAAAGCCGUUUUCUGGAGAAAAGACUCAGGCAGGGCUGGCGCCGGUACGCACACGGCAACCGCAUUGUCUGCAUUCAGAAGUAUCUCGACAGCACCUGGAUCGAGGUGCUCAACUUUUCCUCGUCAACCUCUCUUACUAGCCGCUCUGCCCCAGGUUUGCACGCACGACAGGGGUGCUUCAGGCACGACAACCCUACCAUCAUCGAAAAAGGGGACACUUUUGAGGAAGACGUCGUAACUCGUCUGCCGUACCACGUCGCAUCCCGCAAGGUUAGUGGGAAGACGCCGUUCUCUUGCAUGAUUGAUGAGGACCGGAUUGUUGGACUGGAGUUCGUCUAUGAUGCUCUCGAGUUGACGGUAUACUCGUUCUAA